ACCCGGAAGAUAGGGCUUUCCCCCCUUCCCACCCCCUCCCUUUACUUUCCACCAACAAGUCAGUCUGUCAGCGAGCGAGGACGAAUCCCACCACAAGGCUUUUCAGCACCAAGUGAAGGAGACAGGAGCACGCAAGCGCUCUACUAAAGCCAUAACCCACCGGGAUUUAGCCAUCCAGCACCAACGCGCAAUUCUCAAUCUAUAUUAAGGGCAUUAAUAGACGUGUUUCUAGUCUGAAUUGUUUUUUUUUCUUUCCUUGGUUGCCUUUUUUUUUUCUCAACUAUUCUUUUGUUCUUCACUUUUUAAUCCACGGUCUCGAUCUCUAAGAGCUGCAUGUCCCAUACGGCCGGUUUGGUGGAAAUCCAGCGCGCGGGCACGAGCCGGAGUGCGUGAAGGAGCUUCAGUGCGCUCAGGAAUUACGAGCAGAGCGCAGAGGAGCAAGUGGACGAGAGGAAAGAGGAGGAAUAAGGUGGAGGAAAGAAAAAAAAAAAAAGAGGAGGCAUCGUCGCGCUUUUUUGUGUGUCUCUGAGAAUGUAACUUUGCGAAAACCAAGACGCGUUUUUACUCCAUAACAUCUGAGUUAAAAAAAAUUGAUCUAUUUUUUUUUUUUGCAUCUUGUAUCUCAUAGGAGGAAAAAAAAAACGCACCAGAAGGCACGGAAAGGUGGAAUGGGAAAGGAGCGAGAUCUUGCAGCCGAGGAAGAUAGUGAGAGAAUAUCAUUUCAGUACAUUUAGACGGAUUUUUUUCUUUUUUCUUUAUUACGCGACUUGUCAGGAUCGCUGGUGUUAGUGGAGUUUUCUUGGCACGACUGACCCGAGCACUGACUUUUGAGGAAAGAAGAUAAAACCAACAAUUAGGGAAAAAAAGCCUGUGUAGACUCAUUAUUAGGGGGUGCUUUCUGUAAAAGUGCCUUUGCAGAAUAUUUAGUGAAAUUGCAUCUGCUUGAUCUCCAGAUUUAAUAAACCUUGCGGGUUUUGUGCCUUUUUUGUUUUUUGGAGUGUUUUUGUUUUUGCGCGCUGAUACCCAUGCGGACAAAUUGCGCCUUAACGCACUGACGGAUUCCCCCUGUAGCCUUAUCGCGCUUUAGGCUUUUGUUCCUCGAGGCUUCAUCCAUCUGUGUGUGUGUGUGUGUGUGUUUGGGGGAAAAAAAUCUUCUUGAUCCACAUGCUGGGGGAACGCAGACCGGGUUCUGGGCUUGAAAUGGCGAGUCUGAGCUGUGCAAACGCGCUGGGAUUUCUCUUCAUAUUAUUGGUGGAUUUACUCGGAAUCACGGCGACGAACAUGGAGCCGAUCUACUGGAACUCCUUGAACAAAAGGUUUAGUGAUGAUACGGGUUAUAUCCUGUACCCUCAGAUAGGGGACCGCCUGGACCUCAUCUGUCCUGCAUCGGACCCCCCAGGACCCAGAGCUCCAGCCGAGUAUGAGUACUAUAAGCUGUAUCUGGUGUCCUCCCGCGAGCAGGCGGACAGAUGUGAAGUGACAGGAGCACCGAACCUGCUGCUCACCUGUGACAAGCCCAACAGUGACAUGCGCUUCACUAUCAAGUUCCAGGAGUAUUCGCCCAAUCUCUGGGGGCACGAGUUCAAAACCAUGCAAGAUUACUACAUCAUCGCAACGUCGGACGGCACGCGUCAGGGGCUGGAGAGCAUGAGAGGAGGAGUGUGUGCCACACAAGGCAUGAAGGUGGUGCUUAAAGUUGGACAAAGCCCCUACGGAUUACCACCAAAAUCUGGCAAACCGGACCAGGCAGGUCAUACCAACACCAGAAACCAAGGUGGCAGCGGGAACACAACUCUUCCGAGAGUGCCUGGUGGGGGUGGAGCAACAGCAGGUGGUGCAAAUGGUCCACUCCCCGCAUCCAACAUUGCAGUCAUCGCAGGUGCAGCCGGAGGCUCCGCCUUUCUCCUUCUGGUCACUGCAGUGAUUUGCGUUGUUUGCUACCGCCGGCGGCACUCGAAGCAUUCAGAGUCGCAUCACCCACCACUGUCUCUCUCAUCCCUGACCUCACCCAAGCGCGGAGGUGGAGGAGGGGGCGGGAACAACAACGGCUCCGAGCCAAGUGACAUCAUCAUCCCGCUGCGCACUUCAGACUCAGCCUACUGCCCGCAUUAUGAGAAGGUUAGCGGGGACUACGGGCACCCAGUCUACAUUGUGCAGGAGAUGCCGCCUCAGAGCCCCGCCAACAUCUACUACAAAGUAUGAGGACGGGCACGUCGCAUUAAUGCCAGCCUGCAGUGCCCAGACCACGCCCCCUCACCUACUACCUAAACCAUAGCAGUAUGAACCGACUUCUCCUGUAUCUCUGCAGUCUCAGCUCUGACUGUGAAAACCCCAAUCCCUGUGACUGAAACCCACACACACAUGCACGCACACACACACACACACACACACACAAACACACGCACACACACGUGCAUACAGACACACAUAUAUACACGCCUCCUAAACCUCUGACUCUUGAAAUCAGGAGGAGCGUGUUUUAAGUAUUGAGAGGAAAAUCCCUGUGCGAGGGCUAUUUUUUUCUUGUAAGAGCCUGAAAAGCUCUCCUAACAUUACACCAGACCCCACGGAGCAAAAGAGAGAAGCAAUGGCUUGAUGUCUCGUAAAGGUGUCCCUGAGAAACACACCAUAAAACGAACCAUUGUGAAGUAAAGGCAAAAAUAAACGAAAGAGAGACUGAAAGUAAACUGACCCUAGACCAGUGUGAGGUUACCCGAAAAUGAACUCUUGAAUAAUUUACAAAUAGCAGUUAAGUUUGUCCCAUUUGUGUUUGUAAUUCCUCAGCUAAGAGGAGGUGCGCCUGGCUCGGCCAAUUACAAUGCAGUGCUGCCAUCACAUGACCCAAGGCCCUGCAUUUGAUUAGAGGAGUCAUAGUCGCAUUGAAGAUCUUGUAUAUUUUAAUAACGUGUGUAUUUUGUGAGUGUGUAGGGUAAUAAUUAUGACACUGCUGUGGCACAGAGUGCGACAGCGAGUGCGCAUAUCGUGUGCUUCAUUUACAGUGUGAUGGUAUGUGUGAGAGUGUGUGUGCGUGCACGCGUUUAUCUGUAAGAGAGCGUUGUACCUGAAUGAACGUGAGUUAGACUGUUUCAAAACCAAAACAAAAAAUGAGCGAAUAUCAAAAAGUGUUUUUUUUUUUUAAUUGCUUUCACUCAAUAUAGAAUAUAAUUAUAUAUGAAUAUUCAGUAAAAUAAUUUUUAGAUGUUUUUUUUUUUUUUUUUUUUGCAAAUGUAAAACACCGUAUCUGUUUUUAGACAUUUUUUUUCUGCCUUUCUUUUUUCUGUGCUUUACAAACAGCUGACCCUGUUUCUCCUUUGUAUCAUAAGUUAAUUUAAUACUUUGUAUUUCAUUUCACAAAAUAUUUUUUUGUUUUAUUUUUUAUUCCCCUAGUCAGUCCUCAUUUCCCAGGAGUCUCCACUCUCCAUGUAUAUUUUUAUAGCUCCUUGUACAAUGAUGUAGUUUUGAAGCUAGACCUCGUUUUGUGAAAGUGUUGAGGUAGAGGCACAAUCUGAGAAGUUUUUUUUUUUUAUGUGCAGAGACACUUUCUUUUUUUUUUUACAAAAAAAAGAAAAAAAAGAAAGAGGGAGGGGUAAAGAAAAGAAUGCCAGAGCUGCCUAUGAAAGAAAAAGAGAAGAGGAACAGAUAGAAGUGCAGGGUAAAGACAAAAAGUGAUGGGUGGGGUGGGGGAGGGAGUGGGGCCCUCGAAGGAUGUCGUGAGGAUGGGGGAGGAUGAAGGGAUGGAGGAACACAGAAGGAAAGAUAGAGGAACGGUGGUGGGUUUUUAAACAGACUCUUGAAAGAGGUUGCGUGAAAAAAGUGGGGGUUCGGGAAAUGCAGUAUUCUCAACUACACCGAUGGAAAAAGAAAAGGGAUUCGCUCACUCAGUCUCAGUCGGGGAGAUGGAAAUAGGCUUUCAUACACCUGCUCAUACUUAUCUGAGGUGGAAAUAUUUGAGGCUCAGUUCAAUUCUUCAAUUCUUUCACUUUCUCACAACACACCUUAGUAUAAUAUAACAGGUACACACACACAUUCCAUGGCCUCAGAAAAAAGGAUACACUUGAAAAGGCACACAAGCUUUCCAAUACACAAACACACACACACACACACACACACACACCAGGAGUUCGCAGUCAAAUUUCAUUCUGGAUGUCCACGUAGACUCCUGAUUACCUGAAAUGAAUUCUGAUAGAACUCUCGCACACAUACACACAUGUACACGCUUUCAGAUUACAGCCAUGCAUUCCAGGACUUUAGUACACACAAAUACACACACCAUAUGUGUGUGUGUGUCUGAUUGUGCCAACAGGAGUCUCGUAUUUUCAAAAUGUGCUCUUUUACAUUGCCGUGUGUGCUGACGCUACAAGAUGGUUGUUAAGGUAAUGUACGCUACUGCUUGUGUUACAGUUAAUCAGUAUAUCAGGUUUCCUUCAUUUACGUUCAAAGCUGCAUUGAGACAGAGGACCUCACACAGACAGACAGACACACACACACAUACACACACAGCCAAAUCUGUGAACUUUCAGGCCUUGUCGGUGCAUUUAGACUGAGUUUUUGCAAGUGCGAGUUGAUCUGGUGUAACAUUGCAGAAAGUGAACAACAUUGUUUUGUGUCAUGUCAAUAUUCUCUGUUAAAAUCUUCACAAUCAAGUUGUCAGUGUUGCUUUGUUGUUAAGUGACAAAUAAGUAUGGUGCAUUUAUUUGUUGGUCAGCUUUCAACAUUUCUGUUUGUUAUAUCCUGAUUUUCGUAAAGCCAUGUUUCAGUCCUGUGGAUGUGGACUCAUGAGUGUGUGUGUGUGUUGUAUGCACACACACACACACACACAGAUAGAGAUCCCAGCAUCUGAGGACUAUUCAGUGGCCAAGAAGCUGGUGUCUUAUCGAAGAGUCCUAUAGAACAAUGUGGCCUCCUUGACGCAGAAGACACUCUGGAAAUACGAACAUGUUGGACUUUGUUUUUCCAUGUUGUUACAUUUCUGUGUUGUUUUUUUUGUUGUUUUUUUUUUCCCUUCUGCAGCCUUUCUUCAUAUGCUUACUUUCAGCCAUGGAUGCUGAGACUUGUAUUUUGCAGGCAGACAAAAAAAAAAAAGAGAAAAGGAAUCAAGAGGAGUGUGUGAUUUUUUUGUAGAGAACGCUUCAGUGUGUGCGCGUAUACAUGUUUCUCUGUGCCAAUAGCCAGCAAGUGACGGCCAUUUUAAAGACCUCUGCUCCUCUCCAGUUGCCGUGUUGAGACGUUUGUGGGACACUGCAUUUGUGUGUGAGAUGUUUUCUUUUCUGUGUUCAUCCUUCCAUCCUUCUCUCCCACCCUUACCACUCCCUCUCUUUCUUUCCUUGCUUUCCCUCCACCCCAUACACACCUCUUAGAAAGAGAGGUUUAAAAAAAAUCUAGUACAUUCCUUUGAAGAAAUGUUGAUUAAAAAAUUGCAAAAUUUGUUUAAGCACCAA